AUGUCCUUGGUGUUCGCGGAUAUAUCAGUUAAGUCCCCGGUUGGUAUUCUAGAGGAUCUCCAACUAAAAGUUGGGAACACCUCUGUUCCACCAGACUUCGUAGUUCUAGAGCUGGAAGAGGAAUCCAAAGAUCCUCUCAUCUUAGGAAGACUGUUCCUAUGGAAGAUUGAUCUCAAUCUGGGGGACAUAGUCAUGCAGUUCGAGAUGGAUGAGCUGCUGAAGAAGCCGAUGCUGGAUGGACAUACCUUCGAGGUGGAUGAAGGGAUUGAUACGCUGCAACCUCGCAACGGGAUGAUCGAGGAGAUUCUUACAGAAGAUCCACUUGAGCUUGCACUAGUAAGAGGUGAGGCCGAGCAGAGUGUCGAGAACAUUGACGCAGACAGGUAUGCUAAGAUGCUUGACUCUGGAAGGUGUAUGGGAAGAAUGGUGGCGAGUCUGUCUGGGGGAGGAAAGCAACUAGGACGAGAACACUCCAACUGGAGCGAUCCCUUUACCAAACUCGCUUGUUCCGCCGGACCUACCUGA